CGGCGGCGGCGCGUCCGAGUCCUCCUCCUCCCAAUACUGCCAGCACUUCUGCCAGAUAUUGGUACAAUGCGGGGAGAAAGCUUCUGAGGAGCCACUGCCAUUGUUGGAAGUCUAUCGGAUUUCUAUCCAGAGUUACACGAGUGCCAGGCCUUACCUCACCACAGAAUGUACUCAUGUUAAUUUUGUACUCGGUCGAUUAGCAAUGAGCUGUUUUGAGCUGCUGUUGUCCCUGCCUGCAGAUGAGGUUCCCCAAGGCGUGUGGCAGCAGCUGCAGCAGACAUUGCAAGAAUCUCACAAUGUGCUGAUGGAUUAUGGGAAUAAUGAUCUCCAGGCACUACUGGCUAUUUCUGUAGAGGGUGGUGCAUGGAGAAAUAAAGCCCUGCGAUGCAUUCUUUCACGAGAAACAGUGGAGGCUGAAGAAGUGAAAAGCUACUUAACCCAGGAGGGGCCAGUGUACCUUGAGAUCCGAAUUAAACACCUACUGAAGUCCGAUCGUACACUUGAGGCAAUGCUGCUUGCAAAGUGUUGCACAGAAACCCCUGAAAUUAGCAGCAAAGGUACUUUUCGACAAAUCUACCUCACCUGCCUGUGCAGUACAGGGCCCAAUGAGGAGGCAGCAGAAGAGAUCACACGCAUUGACUGCAAGGAAGUGCUGGACAUUAUUUGUAACUUGGAGUCUGAAGGCCAGGAAAACACCGCCUUUAUUCUGUGCACAACUUUCUUGACCCAUCAACUGCAGCAAGAAAGUGUCUAUUGUUCCUGGGAACUCACUCUUUUUUGGAGCAAGUUACAGCGGAGAAUGGACCCCUCUUUGGAUUCCUUCCUGGAGCGCUGUCGGCAAUUGGGAAUCAGCGCAAGAACUGUGUACCAUAUAUUCUUCCUUAUAAAAGUCAUCCAAUCUGAAGCUGAAGGAGCUGGUCUCCCCAUUUCCAUUGAGCUGUGUGUAGGAGCCCUCCGUAUUCAGUCCAACACCAAUUCAGAAAUGCAAAUAUCAAUCUGUAAAACCAUUGCAUGCUUGAUGCCGGAGGACCUUGAGGUUCGGCGAGCUUGUCAGCUCACUCAAUUCCUGCUGGAGCCUGGCCUGGAAGCGUACCGUGAAGUGGAAAGGCUAUAUAACCAGCCCGAUCAAAAGUGCAAUGAAGAAAAUGGCCCUAUACCAAAUUCAUUACGCUGUGAACUCCUGCUGGCCUUGAAAGCCCACUGGCCCUUCGAUCCGGAGUUUUGGGAUUGGAAAACUCUGAAACGACAUUGCCGUGGGCAACUAGGUGAUCAAGCGACUGAAAUUUCCGAGGAUGAACUUAGCGAAGACGAACCCAACGAUAACGAACUCUUUGAUCAGAUGAGUAGGAUGCAAGAUUUGGAGAAUGAGAGGAGAAUGAAAGAGCAGCUCGAGAGAUUCACGGACGUUCCUUACAAAAAGAAGGAAAAGGUCAUGUCCGAGAGAUACUACAGGUGGCUCCAGAACAUGUUCUUUUGUGUACUGUGCAAGAAAGAUUAUGUGGUGGCCAGAAUCGUACACCAUGCCAAGACGCACGUCAGAGAUGGGAUCUUCUCGUGUCCCAUUUGUGCGAAGAAAUUCAAGAAGAAGGAGCUUUUCACCCCGCACGUGAAGGAACACAUAAAGAAACCCAAACGAGAGAGGAAACCGAAAAAGAAAGAGGACACGCCUAAGCUGACUCAAGCUCUAUUCAAUGUGGCCACAUCUCCCAAGCCCCAGCCUUCAGCGGGUGAAGAAAAUGAAAAAGAGGGAGAAAAUGACUACAUAGUUUUCAGUGGAAGUGAUUCAACAGAGGAAGGGAAAGCCGGUUUGGCCAAGCCUCAAGCCAGUGAACCUUUACUGUCCCCGUGGACUGAAAGUUAUCCGUGUCCUGGUACAGAUUGUUCAAGAUCUUUCAAAUACUACAAAAAUCUAACCGCGCACUUAAAGAACGACCACUUGGACAAUGAUGAUAAUGUCAGGCACUUUCUCGAAAUGAACAACAGGAAGGCCUUGUGCAAGUAUUGCCGGCGCCAUUUUGUCAGCGACUUCCAUCUUAAAGCUCACUUAAAAGUACACUCGGGCUUGCAGCCCUAUAUCUGCAUUCAGAUGGACUGUAACGCCAGCUUUCAGGCCUUUGCGGAGCUGGUGAGGCACAGAAAGCAGCAUAAGGAAUUCAGAUCGAAGUGUACUUUUAAGGGCUGCAGCAAGGUUUUCAGCGGGUCCUGCCUGCUUUACCACCACGAAGCUCAGCAUUACAGAGAAGCCGCUUACUCCUGCAACACCGCCGGCUGCAAGAAAUUCUACUUCUCCAAGAGCGAGUUCGAAAACCACCUGCAAACGCACGGCAUAACAAAUUGGGAAAACCCAGCUGUGAAAACCAAGGAAACGGACUCCCCGGAAAGUCUGGUUGCUGCCGGCAAUCAUUCCGUAACUCCAGACAAGAAUCUCUGUGGCGGCGAGGCCUUGAAUGACGUCGCCGGGAAGUCUUUGCAAAGCUGCAGUUCUUCUCUGGCCCAGAGAACGGAAGAGGGUGAAAUCAAUGCCACGCCCGCACGGUGUCCGAGCAAUUCCUGCCACAGUGGCAGCGAGGGAGGUGGGGGAGAUCAGGGGCUCGUGAGCGAGACUAAACCCGGCAAGAGCAAUUCUCCGAGCGUCUAUUCUGAAAACCUACUGGUACCGUUAGAGAAGCUGGCGUCCUUUAAGGAGUUGAGCGACAUUGAGGACAUGAUGAAAGCGGCAACGCUGCAUCCGGAGCUAAAUCGGGCCGCCAACCAAAACUGCCGCGACCUCACAGAUGUCCUGGCACAUCUGCAUCACUUCAUUUGCGGGGUCGAUGGCUGUGUGAUGAGGUACACGUUGGCAAAGGAACUGAAGAAGCACGUGAAAGUGGCUCAUCCGAGUUACUACAAGGGCAAGAGGCAGAUAAAGGAAGAGUGCGGCGAUGUGGUUGACGUUUCCACAUUACAGGGGUCACAAGAGCAGGCGGCAGCGUCCGCAACUCGGCUAACGGAGGAGUCUGGCGAAAAUAAGAACCUUUUGCUGAAGCCUCUGAAAAUCAAGAGGCCCAAGAAUAAUCGGAACGCCAAGUGGCCGGCUAUUUUUAAGGACGACAAGUUUGUGUGUUCCAGGUGCUUCAAGGAGUUUUCCAACCCCAAAUCGCUGGGAGGCCACCUGGCUCGCAAGAUCAAAUGUCCGUUGCUCAACGAUACUCCGGAGAUGAUUGCAAGAGAGAAUCCUUGCACAAACCAACCUGCCAAAGCUGCCAGUGUUGCUGAUGUUCCGAACCUGGACGGCCUUAUCAGAGCUCUGCAGAAGCUGCAGUUGGAUCAGUCGAGAGCGUUGGUGGAUGAGAAGGUCUGUGCUUCCACUUCAGCUUCAACUUCCUUAGGAGUGAUCUCUAUUGGGAGUGUCUCUCUUCCAGCACCUCCCACGAACGCUUCUUCCCACAAUUCCCAAAGCGACCUUUCGAACGAGGGCUCGGGAAUCAUUAAGCCAUUUGUCUGCGACCACGAAGGGUGUGUCUUUAAGGCAAUGACCAAAGAUGGCCUCGUCAACCAUUAUGUAAAAACCCACAAAUACGCCCGGGACAAGGUUCUUCAGUUAAACCGCUUUCAACUCAGGUUUGCGCCCUUCAAAUGCCACAUCUGCCUAAGAACGUUCACCAGAAAAACGAACCUUAGAACUCACUAUAAACAGAUGCACAUGUUCAGUAAAGAAGACAUGAAGGCAAAGUUAUCCUAUAUAAACUGUAUCUCAGUUCCUAGCAAUGCAAAUCAACAGCUGGCAGUACCAAAUUUACUGAUCAAAACUGAAAACAACAACAGCCUGUGCCUGCCUGCGAGCACCUUGUUGGGUGGUGUGAAAGUGGAAGAGAGGCUCUGUUUGCCUCAGAAUACAAAGCUCCCCACGAGCGAGGGCGGUUGUUCCCACCCGGUUAACACCUACCAGUCUAAAGACUAUGCUUUAUUGGGGGUGGAGGAGAAUGCGCGACACAGCAUGGAAUGCGGAGACUGGCGCCAGAGCGGAAGCGAUUCCGAGAACACGACGAACGAAUCGUUUACCACCGAGCUGGAAUCUUCCGAGUCCACGGAAUCUUUGAAGUCCGAGGAGAUGCACCUGAACGGGAGCCCAGAGACCGGCUCGGUCCCGCUGGACAGCGCUGACGAUUCCGAGUUCAAGGAGGAGGGCAGAGGCAGCAGGAGAGUCGGCGCGAAAACCAACCUGUGCUACAUGCUGAAUAAGUAUCACAAACCGUACCAUUGCAUCCACAAGGGCUGCACGGCGGCCUUCACGGGCCAGCCGAACCUGAUCCGCCACUACCAGACCGUCCACCAGUACAACCGGGAGCAGAUGUGUCUGGAGGCCGAGCAGGGGAGCGCCAAGAAAGACAACGCCAAAGUCAAGAAGAUCUUCAAGUGCAAGAUCGAAGGCUGCACCAAACGCUUCCAGUAUCCUCGAGUCCUCCUGAGGCACUACAGUGAAAUCCACAGUCUUCCGGGAGUUGAGCGUCGAAAGCACCCGUGCAACCAGCCCGACUGCAUCUCCUCGUUCAACGCCUACAGCGACCUCCGCCGCCAUUUACAGCAGGCGCACGACGUGGAUUAUCAAGUGAAGCGGGAGCUCGGCCUGCAAUUCAAGUGCAGCAUCGACGGUUGCAGUCGCACCUACUCCAUCCGCUCCAGCUACCUGCGGCACGUGCAGAGGCAGCACAAAAACCAUUACAAGUCCAUACUACUGAGACCCCGCAAGAACAAUUGGUACGACCUGGAGCCUGACUUUCAAGGGGAUGACGUUAAAGCUGAAGGCGCCUCCAAAGCUGAGCCUCGGUUGAAAAUCUUCAACCCGGCGCACCUGACCGACGAGGACACUUGCGACUCGACGGAAAGGGCCGACCCCGACUUCCAGAGCGACGAGGAGCAGCUCACAGACGAUGAGGACGACACGUACGACUCGUCUCCGAAGGACAAGUCCGAUUUCGAAUACGACAGCAGAGGCCGAAAACCCCGGUCGAGUUUCGGGCGCCGUCGCAGGAAGCGCCGCUCCGACGGCGAUCCGGGGAGGUUCAGGCCGGGCGCUUAUCCCGACGACUCGUGUGACUCUGCAGCGCAGGACGAGGCUUGCGACCGGGGCCCAUCUGCGCUCGCCUCCGAGUGUCCCAGGCACGAGAAGGACUCGAGGCGGUCGCGCAAGCAGCAUUUUGUGCUCAAGAGUAAAGAGCACGGCUUUGCGAUCUGUAAGACCGAGCUGCUGAGGGAUCAGUUUCCCUGCAUGGUCCUCGGGUGUCGAUCGGUGGUGCUGAGCCGGCACAGCGCCGUGAGGCACUACAAGACGCAGCACAAAAUGACGGCUACGUACAUCAAUCAGAACUGCAGUUGUCUCCUGGUCUGCAAGAAAUACCCCGACGCCACACUCCGCGAGAAGCUGGGAUCCGAUCCGCUGACGCUUCCGAAAAAAGUCCUGUCCGAACCAAACGAGGAGACUCCCAGCUGCAGCGUUCUCAGGCAACAGAACGGCGAAGUUCCCCUGAAGCUGGAGAUCAAGAACGAACCUGACGCGGGAGGUCACGGGCAGCCGCUGCAUAGCUGCAGCGUGGGAAACGGGAACAGCCCGAGCUGCGGCGGAGGCUUUCCCGGUAAGGCCGUCAACGCCAGCGCCACCGGGGUGACAAACUGGGGCCCGAGCUUCAAAGAGAACGAUGCGAACCAGGUGUUUCUGCCUAAAAACGGAGGGAUACUCACCAACCUGGUGAAACAGAGCGGGAACCAGAACGGCUCGCUCUUCGUGAAGCUGAAGCAGCCUCAGAAAAGGAAAUCCGAAACCGAGGGACAACCGCAGAGAACCGACCCCUGCGUGUAUUCUGCCGUGACGCAGGACUCGCUGUUCGGCACCGGCAAUCUCCAGGACAGCGCAGACCCUCCGCCCAAACCGUUCGACUUGACGACCUACAAACCCAUCGGCUUCGAAGCCUCGUUUCUGAAGUUUAUCCAAGAGAGCGAGGAGACCGAGCCGGAGGUCGAUGAAUCGUGGCACUGGGAGCCCACCAAACGCUGCAGAUCAAACACUCCGCAAAACGAGAGCCGGAUCGACUCUGGAUUGAGAGGAUCCGGGAAGGAAGGCUACGGCGAGUUCAACGCAGACACCGCCGUGCACAGCACCUUCACGGCAAUCCAGCCUCUCAUCUCGCCAGGGCAGUCGCCUACUCUGGAGAACUUGAGGACUAUAUUGGACAAGGCACUGACAGACUGCGGAGAUCUCGCCUUAAAGCAGCUGCACUUUCUGCGGCCAGUGGUCGUCCUGGAAAGGUCCGAGUUCUCCACUCCCCUGAUCGAACUGUUCCCCACGAAAAAGAGCGACGAGCUCUGUGUGGGGAGUUCCUAAAGUACUAUUUGUAAAUCUUAUUUUGCAAACCAGAAAUCACUAUACUGUAACCUAUAUAGAGUGUUGACAAGUGCUGCAGAGUAUACAAAAGCGAACACAACUGGGGGCUUCCACUUGGGAAAACGAACCCUUAGUUUGUUCUGGUUUUGUGCAUGACGUGUGUAAUCUGAACAAGUAUUAGGGUACUUAUGGGGGAUUAGUAGUUCUCACGGAAAAAGAACUUGAAUGUGCACAAAACUGGUGCUCUUCUGUAAUAAUGUACACUACAUCUCCUUUAUGUAUGGGUUUUGAGAAUAGUACACUUGGUCAAUUAAAUGGCGAUUUUUCACAAGGCAUUGUAUUGAUGGAUUUGUAUCAUAAAUUGUAAUGAUUUUUUUCUAUUAAAAAAAAGUUCACCUAGA